CCGCCCCGGGCCGGAGGGGCGGUGCUGCCUCCCGCCGGGCCCCGGGCACUGCCCUCCGGCCGCCGAGCCGCCCGCCCGUCCGCCGGGACCCGCUGUCCGCUGCCUGCUGCCGCGGAAGCCAGAGAUGGAUUUGCAGCCGCUGCGAGUGUGUGGAAGGGCCGUGUUCGUGUUGGCAAAGAAGGUCGGCUGUUGAGCCAGGGUGUGUCUCCCAGAGGCCUGCAGACUGCCAGGAUCCCCACCUCUCUGCAAUGGGCUGCCCAGGCUGGUCAGUUACCAGCCAGUGACAUCGUUGAGGUUCCCAGCUCUCUACCCUGGGAAGGGCCCAGCCUAAGUUACCAAGCCCCAGGUUCCCAGUACCACUCUCAGCCUGUGUGAGAUUGCCACCCCACCUUCUGCGUAUCCUUGGAAGGGGACUGAUUCUCAGUUCCCCUUAGCAACCAGGUUGCACCCAGUCCCUUGACUUUGUGCCCAGGUUUCCUGGCACCUAAAGUAGAAACGAUACAACUGCCCCCUGGGCUUGCUGAAGGCCAGUGGUGGUGUGAGUUUGUCACGGAGCAUAGAAGUCACGGAUUUAAUGGUGAUCCCGCUGGCUGUUAACAUCGAUACAGUUCAGGUCAGCAUGCACCAAGUUCCUCCAACACAUCAGGUACAUUGGCUAGCCACUUCUUCCAGGCAGGGCGGUGCAGUGGUGAGAGCAGGGACCCUGGCCAGGUGGCCUGGGACCUAAUCCCUGCACUGUCACUGCUGACUGUGGGACUCUGCACAAGACCAGCCAGUUCCUGCUGGAAGCUCCUGGUCUGAUCUGGGGAGACCAUGUCCAAACCCCCCGACCUCCUGCUGCGGCUGCUCCGGGGCGCCCCAAGGCAGCGGGUCUGCACCCUGUUCAUCAUCGGCUUCAAGUUCACGUUUUUCGUCUCCAUCAUGAUCUACUGGCAUGUUGUGGGAGAGCCCAAGGAGCAAGGGCAGCUCUAUAACCUGCCAGCAGAUAUUCCCUGCCCCACCUUGGCACCCCCCGCCCCACCCUCCCGCGGCCCCGCUCCCGGCAACAUCUUCUUCCUGGAGACUUCAGACCGGACCAACCCCAACUUCCUGUUCAUGUGCUCGGUGGAGUCCGCCGCCAGAACUCACCCCGAAUCCCACGUGCUGGUCCUGAUGAAAGGGCUUCCAGGUGGCAACGCCUCCCUGCCCCGGCACCUGGGCAUCUCACUUCUGAGCUGCUUCCCGAAUGUCCAGAUGCUCCCGCUGGACAUGCAGGAGCUGUUCCGGGACACACCCCUGGCCGACUGGUACGCGGCUGUGCAGGGGCGCUGGGAACCGUACCUGCUCCCCGUGCUCUCCGACGCCUCCAGGAUCGCACUCAUGUGGAAGUUCGGCGGCAUCUACCUGGACACCGACUUCAUUGUUCUCAAGAACCUGAGGAACCUGACCAACGUGCUGGGCACCCAGUCCCGCUACGUCCUCAACGGCGCCUUCCUGGCCUUCGAGCGCAGGCAUGAGUUCAUGGCGCUGUGCAUGCGGGACUUUGUGGACCACUACAACGGCUGGAUCUGGGGUCACCAGGGCCCGCAGCUGCUCACGCGGGUCUUCAAGAAGUGGUGCUCCAUCCGCAGCCUGGCCGAGAGCCACGCCUGCCGCGGCGUCACCACCCUGCCCCCCGAGGCCUUCUACCCCAUCCCCUGGCAGGACUGGAAGAAAUACUUUGAGGAUAUCAACCCCGAGGAGCUGCCACAGCUGCUCAAUGCCACCUAUGCUGUCCACGUGUGGAACAAGAAGAGCCAGGGCACGCGGUUCGAGGCCACGUCCAGGGCACUGCUGGCCCAGCUCCAUGCCCGCUACUGCCCCACAACACACAAGGCCAUGAAGAUGUACUUGUGAGAGGCCUGCGAGGCCACCUUCCCAACCCGCUUCUGAUGGAGGGGGCACUUCGCCAGGCUUCCUGGGGAGGCAAGAUUGGGGGCCCGGGAGAGGGAGGUCUAAGCUGCCACUGGGCUUAGGCUGGCUGUUGAGGAGCUGAGGGAGCAGGUCCAGUGGGAGCCGGUGGACACCCCCAGGACAGUGUCCUAUCUCCAGGCGGGGCUGACACGUGGUGCCAGAGCCUGCGGAGUGAGCUCAGUGAGCACCCCAGGCCUUCUAGACAACAGGCAGGAGGGAUGAACCUCAGGGCACCCCUGGAUGGCACAGGAAGCCAGACAGUUGGGGCAGAGGUGCCCACGAGGGCAGAGGCCGGUGCUAAGGGGAUGGGGAAGGAAGGACGAGGUUGCCAGAGAGGAGAGGAGGCUGUUGCUAGGAAAGCGGCAGCGAUGGGGGAGACCCAGCCCUAAGGACCGGGUGUGGAGGAUGCUUUUCUCUUUUCUGGUUUUGGUUCCUCUUUUGGAGGGGCCAGCAGGGACUGAGUGGGCAGAGACCUGGCAGUGCCAGCCUGGGGAGCCCCUUAGGGGCAGCCCCCCUGCCCACCCCAUCCUUCCUCCUCUCCAGAGAUGCCAGGGGGGCGCGUAUGCUCUGCCCCUUCCCUCUGACGGGGGCUGGGUGGGGAGGCUCUUUAGGCUCAGGAGAAACAUUUUAAAGAAACUCCCUCCCCAUUAUAAAUACGGGAGAAUAAUCAAUAGAAUAAAAGUGACCCACUGUCC